CACAUCCACAACCAACUUUCAUCUCGCGUGACCAAACAAGCCGCCAAGUUUCCUAUUUCCAACCCAAUAGAUUACCUGAUCUUGUGUGCCACGCCUAGGGCCUUUCGAAAAUAACAAAAACAACCGGAUCGCACGACUCGCACCUGCAUACAUACCUUACCACCCAACCAUCUUACCUGCCUACCGCCUACCUUUCUCUUCCUCUCCCAUCUCGAUCCCAAUAAAAACGUACGACUAAGUUCAAACGUUUUCCAUAAAAAACCACACAAAUGCCCAGCCAGACUGCCGACUACCACUCCCACCUCUCAUACACCAACAUGUCGAAUUCGUCAGAGAGCAGCAGCGGCAGCCGCAACGGCACUUUCCCGUCCAUGGCUACCACCACAUCACCGCCGCCCGUUGACGUGCCAAGUUAUUCCAAGAUGAUGCUCGACCACCAAAAGAGGCAGAUGGAGAGGUCCACUCCAGAGUCGCGACGCGGGUCCAGCGACAGGCACAGCCAUCAGAACGGUGUGACGUCGACAUACAACCCACCGUCCAGCAACCACGCGUCAUACCGUUCAUGACAGACGGCGGACGCUACUACUGAAACGACCAUGAGCAACAUCAUAUUAUACAACAACCAAAAAAACGAGUACAUCGCGGAAAUCACUAGUCCCCUCGCCCAGACGACGCCCGACAUCUCGGCAGUUCAGAUGCGGCUUCCGGCAUAUGACGGAUGCGGCCGCAGCUGUGCGAUCGUCACUGCUGUACCCUUGUCCCUCUGAGAUCUUUAUGCGGAAACGCGAAUUUCCAGGGGCAUGACGCGGGUUACGUUGUGUCUUGCAUGUCGCAAUCGACGGCGGCGUCGAAAUUUUCUGGCAGCCACAAAACAAGCUGUCACUUUUCAUUGAUUCAGUCGUUAUGAUUUUUUUUAGCCGGGAUUUCAGGAAUGUUUGGGCGGGAUUUUUCCUUGUAUACAUACAUACAUUAUCUGCCAGCAUGUUAGCGUUGCUUUUUGUCUAAUCGUUCGCUCAAUUCAUUUGCAUCAUAAAACCUACCAUGUUGCAUCCCCUUGCGUGAAUUUUGAUAAUGGAUGCAUAUCAUGUGUGUUGUUCUUUGUCGUUGGGGUUGUUGGGUUGUGGUUUUAAAAGAUAUUAAUGACCUGCCUACGUCUGAAUAUGAAAUUAAAUAUUGAGCUCAACAAAAUUCACUCUUGAACAGUAGCACUUUAUACCUUGGAUUCAUCAUUCACUGUCGUGAAAGUGAUACCGUUGCCUG